CUUCUUCUUCCACCUUCCCCAUACAUUCGUUCUUGUUCUUGUUAAAGACUUAAACGACGAAGAAAGAGAAGAACAAAACAUCCAUUGACUCGUUUUCUCACAUUGCAUCAUUCCCCCAUCUCCUGAUGCGAUUCCAGCGCUUGGCCACAUUUCUCCGCACCUUCAAUCUACCCCUCCGCUCCCAUCCUCCACCUUCAUCUUCUUCCUCUUUCCGAUUAUUUCCCUUCCCCAUCUCUAGCCCGCGAACCCUCCAAGCCGCCCCCGCAAUUCCCUUCCUCAGCUCCUUCUUCACAACCAGUAGCAAAUCCGAAAACAGCGGCAGCAUGUCCUACCCCGAUCAGCGCAGUGACGACGCAUGGCGCGCCGUCCUCAGCCCAGAACAAUUCCGCAUCCUUCGCGAAAAGGGCACCGAACGGCCCGGCACGGGCGAAUACGACCAGCACUUCGCGGCGCAAGGGAUCUACCACUGCGCGGGGUGCGAUGCGCCCCUCUACAAGGCGACCCACAAGUUCAAGUCCGGGUGCGGAUGGCCUGCGUACUUUGAUUCCCUGCCGGGGGCCGUGACGAGACAUACCGACAGUUCGUUUGGGAUGCAGCGCACGGAGAUCGUGUGCAGCAACUGCGGCGGGCAUCUGGGCCAUGUGUUCAAGGGCGAGGGGUAUCCGACGCCCACGGAUGAGAGGCAUUGUGUGAACAGUGUGAGUUUGAGGUUCGCGGAGGAUCAAGAGGGAAAAUAACUACAUCAUCGUGGGGAGGU